CAUAAACAAGUCACAGAGCUAGCUAGGGUAAAGGAACGUAAUGGCAUGGAAGGCAUCGAUGUUGGCCAUGCUGGGCUUGGUUGCCGCGCUGCUGUCGUAUCCGACAGCCCUGUCCAUGGCGGAGGCGUCGUUGAUCUCCAUGCCAACGGAAGAUGUUCACCGUGGUCAUGCUCCGGUAGUGUUCCUAGCAGAAAGCCUCACCCCGGACUACUACGCCGACUCUUGCCCGGAUGUGCGGGGCCUUGUGCGCUCCGCCGUGGGCGAAGCGCUCCAGAAGGAUAUCGCCCUCGCCGCCGGGCUCAUCCGCCUCUUCUACCACGACUGCUUCCCUCAGGGCUGCGAUGCGUCCAUCCUUCUGGCGGGAGCAGAGAGUGAGCUACAGAUGUGGCCGAACAGGUUUCUGCAGCGGGCUGCCGUGCAGCUCAUCGAUGACAUCCGCAUCAAGGUGCACCAUGCCUGCGGGCCCGUUGUCUCUUGCGCCGAUAUCAUGGCGCUCGCAACCCAUGAUGCCGUACUCAAGUCCGGGGGCCAAUCCUACCUCGUACCGCUCGGUCGCCUCGACAGCCUGGAACCCGCCCCACUGAGCACCGUCAGUGAGCUCCCGCUCCCCACCUUCAACAUCUCCCAGCUCAUCGAGGCCUUCGAGAGCCGCAGCCUCGACGUGACUGACCUCGUAGCGCUCUCCGGCGCGCACACCAUCGGAGGGGCUCACUGCACCUCCUAUGCCGACCGCUUUGCCGGAGAGGCCAACUCCAACGAGUUCGUCCGGAUGCUCCUGCACAACUGCACCACCGGCGACAUAAGAGACAAGCAGGACCUCGACGUGACAACCCCGAACAAGUUCGACGACAAGUACUUUGGCAACCUGGAGGCGGGGAAGGGGGUGCUCAACUCCGACAUGCAGCUCCUCCAUGACCCCCGCGCCAUGGAGCUCGUCAAAGGCAUCGCGGAAAACCAGUGGUGGUUCUGGAACGAGUUCGACACCUCCAUCAAGAAGCUGGGGCAGCUGCAGGGGCCCCAAGGAAACGCCGGUGAGGUCCGCACCAUCAGCUGCUCCGUGCCUAACUACAAGAGCAGCAACGUCGGUGAGGUCUGACCAGCUUGCGAGUUGGUCUAGAUUAUAUCAUAUAAUGCGUCGUACGUACGUUCACCGAAAGUUGUUUGUGUAAUAAUGUCUAGCUUGUUGCUAGCUACGUACUUACUAUACUACUAUGUACUAUGUAUGUACGUACGUACAUUGUAUCUAUGUUGUUUACUAUCAUUAUUUCCAUUGUCUAAUAAGAUGCAUGGAUCUAAUAAUAACGGGUG